AUGAUACAGCGCACCCGCCGCCACCGCCGUUUCAUCUAUACCGUCCGAGUCGAAAUCGAUGUACCCCUCACCGACACCAUCGUCAGCCGCACAAGCUCCACCUGUUGUUUCUCAAGCCCCGUCGGUUCUGCCCGCAUCACCGCCGUCCGCGUCUCCCCAGCCUACCUUGUCGGUCGAGACCCCUCACAAGUUGCCCGCCGUCGAGACAGCCGAAACCAUCCCAGCCAAGUAGCCGCAGCCACAGCCACAGGCGAGCCGAGCCCACCACGGAACAGCCACCGACCACCACUGAUCUUGCCGGCCGCUCACACUAUGAUGCAUCCACGUCGAGGGAAGUCCGGGUUGGAUGUUGGUCGCCCGUAUAUACUGCUCUUUAUUGCCUUUUGGUGUACUGAUUUCGAGAUUAUUUCUGUUGACCUGCUUGAGGGAUUUGUGAUUCUUUGUGAUUCUUUGUCUGUUCUGUUUGGAGUUAGAGUUGGAUUUGAUGAAUGUCUGAUGGUGUUGAGUCUUGUUUGGAAUAUCAAUUGUGAUUAUGCUUGA